UCCCGGAGCGUCUCUCGGCCGCCGAGGUUGCGGGCGCUGCUCAACGUGCCCAUUGCGGAGGAAGGCGGGCUUUGAGAGCUGCGGGAAACGGCCGCCAUGGCGGAUGACUUCGGCUUCUUCUCCUCCUCGGAAAGCGGAGCAGCCGAGGCCGCCGAAGAGGACCCGGCCGCUGCCUUCCUGGCUCAGCAGGAGAAUGAGAUUGCGGGGAUCGAGAACGACGAGGGCAUCAGCUGCGCCGAAGGAGCCGCGAGGGGCAGCCAGGAGGCCGCCGGGGAGCCUCGGAUUAAUUUUGAAAACACAGGAGGAACUACUGUGAACGGUGAUGUGUUUCAGGAAUCCAAUGGACCUACAGAUGCCUAUGCAGCCAUUGCCAGAGCUGACCGUUUGACACAGGAGCCUGAGAGCAUUCGCAAAUGGCGAGAGGAACAGAAAAAGAGACUGCAGGAGUUGGAUGCUGCUUCUAAAGUAUUAGAACAGGAAUGGCGUGAAAAGGCCAAGAAGGACUUGGAAGAAUGGAACAUAAGGCAGAAUGAACAAAUGGAGAGGAACCAGGUCAAUAACAGAGCCUCAGAAGAAGCCUUCCUAAAGGAGUCCAAGGAAGAGACGACUGGCACUGAAUGGGAGAAAGUGGCCCAACUCUGUGACUUCAAUCCCAAGAGCAGCAAGCAGUCCAAGGAUGUCUCACGCAUGCGCUCAGUGUUGAUCUCCCUCAAACAGAUCCCUCUGGCCCGCUAGCCUAGCUGAAAAGAGGCUGGGGCUGGAGUGAGGGUGCUGGUGGCUCUUUUGCCAGCCAGCUUAGCAGCAACAUCACCACAGGCUUAGAAGGCCACCAACAUGGGGGAACAAACAAAAGCAUCCCGCCCCUGCCUCUUUCUCUCUUCUCAGUAUGUUCCUGCCACUUCAAUUGGGUGGCUGCCUGUAUCCCUCCCCUUGAAUUUACUUUGCUUAAAGGGUGCACUGAUAUCUUUUUACACAUAUUUAUUAAUGGUGUGGUCCUUGGGCAACUGCUCUCUUCCCUGCUGCCUUCAGGAAAGGUCACUUUCAGUAUUGGGUGAUUCAGUUUCCCACUCCCCUAAUGUUGCCUCUAUCUUCUCCCCUCAGACCUGGCUGGUUUAAUAGGUUAAACUUCAUUCCUCUCUCCAGUCAUUUGUACUUAACCUGGGCGGGGGGCAGUGCUAAAACUGAGCUUAGGGCUGGGCACAAAAUUCUAGUCCCAGUUCUGUUGCUGUUCUUUUUCUUUUUUUUUUUUAACCAGAGUGAUGAGCAUGAUUCUCAGGAAUGGCCAGCCAUUAGAAGAUUGGGACUCCGUUGUGUUUCCCACUUGUGCUGGACAUUGCAGGCACAGUCAGAUUGAAGAAAUCUCUUAAAAAUGAGUGCUUCAAGAGGAAAUGUGCAGAAGAGAGAGAGAGAUAAUGGACAACUGAAGUAAUAAUAGAUGUGUUUGCUAAAUUUUUAAUGGCAAACCUAAAAAUGAGAUUUGUAUGAAUCUGAAAGCUACAAUCCAACCUGAAACCACUGCACAAAGAAUUGCUUGCACUGAAGAGAAUGCUAUUUCUCUUUUUGAGAUAAUCUUUAGGCUUAGUUGAUGUCUAGGAAGAAUAUAGAAGAUAUACAAGCAGCUUCCUUCACUUUCACUCCUCUCUUCAAAGGUUAUUCCAUAUUUGCUUAAGGAUACACUAAAUGUAUAGCUACAAUGUAGAGUUAAACUGGAUGUUAUUGAAAGGUACCUUCUUUGGAUCUUUUCCACUGAGAUAGCUGUAGAUUUAAACAAACAGAAGCCAAUUCUUCUGGUUUUGCUCACAUAACUAAUACACACAGCUAAAUACUAUGUUUUAUGUUCACAUUUUCUUGGCAUUUAGUGCCAUAACAUACAGUGAUACUUACUCUCAUGUGAAUAUGUUUAAGGUUUCAGAUAUAGAUAUGCCACUAUUGUUCCAGAAGACAUUUGCCCUUUCAGUUUUUAGGGGCUUUGCAUCAGCAACUCAUGUCCUUGCUACUAUGAUGUUUUCCAUUCCAGAUUCCUAGAGGAAGUUUUGUAUCAGCAGCAAUGUCAGACGAUGAAAGUUUUUCCUACCCUUUCUUCCGUUCCAUACUACUAGCUCCGAUCUGCAAUCUCUUUUGCUGUAAUUAAAAAAGAGUCAACAAUUCUAAUUUCCCUUUGGGUGUACAUUUUACUAGAAAGGGGGGCUUGGCUCCUUUAGUGAAAUUCAGAAGUGUAAGACUGUAAGAUUAGUUUUUGAAAAUGUGGUUUUAGAAAUACUGGGCAUGUUACUUCACCUUAGCUGUUGUGUAGCAGGAUUGAAAUACAUUCAUGAAAAUAUAGCUGUACAUACAGCACACACAGUUGUGUAAUGUUCACUACAUAAGUUAGCAUAGGUUUGCAUAUACAUUUUACUUGUAAAAAGUCCCAAUGGAGUAAAUUCAAUAUGUGAUUUUUACAUAGUAAAACAUUUUCAAAAUCCACAAUACAUUGAAAUUACUAGCCCAGGGAAGACACCUUUUUUUCUCUAAUUUGAUAACUUUGGUAUUUUUCAUAUGUGGGUUAUAUAAUAUCAGAAAGUGCUAUGUUAGAAAUAAUCCUUUGAAGAUCUGACAAUGUUCCCCAAAGGGGUUUGGGAGGACCAUAUCAUUUGGAGGUAGUACCAUCAGAGGUUGCUCUUUUAAAUAAAGCUUGUGCUUUUUAUUAC